AUGUUGCCUAUUGGAACAACAUAUUAUGGGAACAGUGUGGUUGAAGAUGGAGAAGACUGUGACUGUGGCUCCUUAAAUCUGUGUGCAAAAGAUCCAUGCUGUCAGUCAAACUGUACUCUGAGUCCUGGGGCUACUUGGGCUCUUGGGCUUUGUUGCAAAGAUUACAUGAUCAUGCCAUCAGGUGACGUGUGUAGAGAACGGGAAAAUGAAUGUGGCCUUCCCGAGUGGAGAGAUGGGAACACUAAUCAGUGUCCAGAAGGUGUGUAGAUGCAAGAUGGAGCCGAAUGCACAGGUGGUGGUUACUAGAGGUGCAGUAUCUAUGAUGAACAGUGUAGAGAAAAUUUUGGCAAAGAGGGUAAGAUAAUGAACAUCCAAGGUGACGUUUUCAGUAACUGUGGUACAAAAGGUUCUAUCUAUGUACAGUGUAACAUAUCAGAUAUCCUGUGUGGGAGUGUUCAGUGUGAGAAUGUGACAGAAACUUCUCUUCUGAGUGAUCAUUCUAGCGUACAUUGGACCCAUCCUGAUGGUGUCACCUGCUGGGGUACAGACUACCAUACAGGGAUGACAAUACCUCAUAUCGGUGCCAUGAUAGAUGGUACAGAGUGUGGUAAAGAGCAUAUCUGCAUCCAAAGGAAGUACGUCCACAUGUCGUAUAUGCCAAGAACUUAUACACCUAAGACCUGCAAUAUGAAUGGGGUCUGCAACAAUAGACAUCACUGCCAUUGCGACCAUGAGUGGAACCCUCCUAAGGAUGGGGUAGAAGGCUUUGGAGGUAGUAGUGGCAGUGGCACGCCCUCCCCCCCCCCCCAAGAAGAACGCAAAGAUACAAAAGAAGUUUUGCAUAAUGCUACUUGGGCUAAUUCCUUUUUUGAUUCUAUCAUGUUUGUUACGUUUGCUUUUCCUAAGAAAUGA